AUGAUGAGUUUUAGACAUUGUUUGCUGAAAUUCGCUCCAAUGACAACGAAGAGAAUACGGUAGGUUUUGGAGCGUGCUUUGAAUUUUUGAAGGAACGUUUUUAGGAUCUACUCGACUUCUUCACCCAAAACACAGAAAAUUGUUGAAAAUGAGAAGGAUUCGGGAUUGUACAAAAUUGCCACAGUACCAAAUGCGAUUUGCUUGGCUAGGUUGGAAGAUUUUUCAUGAUUUUUGGGUUCAAAACCUGGAAAAUCAUGAAAUUUCGCUAAAAGACCAUAGAAUUAAGAGAAAAAAUGCCUGAACCUCGAAACUUCAGUCAAAAAUCGCAUUUUGACUGAAAUUUUCAGGUUCUCGCGCGGGGGAAGCUAUCGUCAAUUUUUGAGAUGAAUUUUCAUAAUUGUUGUGGUUCACAGCCUGAAAAAUCAUGAAAUUUCGCUAUAAGAAGAUAUAAUUACGUGAAAGUCAUGCCUGAACCUGGAAAUUUCAGUCAAAAAUCGAAUUUUGGCUGAAAUUUCCGAGUUCUCGCGCAGGGGAACCUAUCGUCAAUUUUUUGAAGUGAAUCUUCAUAAUUUUUCAGGUUCACAAUCUGAAAAAUCCUGAAAUUUCACUAAACGACCAUAGAAUUACGAGAAAAACAUGCAUGAACCUGGAAAUUUCAGUCAAAAAUCGACAUUUGGCUGAAAUUUCCAGGUUCUCGCGCAGGGGAACCUAUCGUCAAUUUUUUGGUGCAUUUUCUUGAUUUUUCAGGUUCACAAUCUGAAAAAUCAUGAAAUUUCAGUAAGAGACUCAAAAAUCAUGCCUGAACCUGGAAAUUUCAGUCAAAAAUCGAAUUUUGGCUGAAGUUUUCAGGUUCUCGCGCAGGGGAACUUAUCGUCAAUUUUUUAGAUGAAUUUUUACGAUUUUUUUGGUUCAACACUUGAAAAAUCAUGAAAUUUCACUGAAAGACCAGAGAAUUACAAGAAAAUCAUGCCUGAACCUGAAAAUUUCAAUCAAAAAUCGAUUUUUGGCUGAAAUUUUCAGGUUCUCGCGCAGGGGAACUUAUCGUAAAUUUUUCAUUUUGAAUUUUCCUCCCAAAAAUAAAUCAAUUUCUCUCAGAAUUGGCGCCACACCAUUGAUUGGUUAUUUCGUCGUCCAACACCAAUUCACCCCAGCUUUCGCCAUGUUUGUUAUCGCAGGCGCAUCGGAUAUGGUAGGUCAAUUUUUCGCGCCAAAAAAUUUUAUUUUCAAAUUUCAUAGCUCGACGGUUGGAUAGCUCGAAACGUCCCCGGUCAAAAAUCGCUCCUCGGCUCAGUUUUGGAUCCGGUCGCUGAUAAACUUCUCGUCUCGGUUAUGUUUGUUACAAUGACACAUGCUCAACUCAUUCCACGUGGGUUUUUAUUUUUGUGGCGUCAAAAAUUGAACUUGAUGAUUUAUUUUCCAGUCCCCCUCACCACAAUUGUUCUUCUUCGCGACGUUUUGCUGAUAACUGGUGGAUUUUACAAGAGAUAUAAGAGUAUGGAGCCGCCUUACACGUUGAAUCGAUUCUUCAAUCCGCAAGUUUCGUCGAUGCAAGUUAUGCCGACUAAUAUGAGCAAGGUUGAAUUUUUGGGAUAUAAUCGAUUUUUAGCCGAUUCUGAAAAUGAUGCCGUUUUCAAAUUUUGCUAAAAACCUUGGGGAUUUGCUCAAAAUUCAUCUGAAAAUAAUUUUUAUUCAAAAUUAAGCGCAGGAUAUUGUUCAGGACCACAAAAUUAGAUGAAUUUGAAUUCCUGAAUUUAAUUUAUGAUGAAAAUGAUUUUCAGGUAAGAUUUUCGAUUUCCAGCUCAAUUUUGAGUAAGUUCCCAAGGGUUUCAGCAAAAUUUGAAAACGGGAUCAUUUUCAGCACCGCGGCUGAAAAUCUAUUCACGUUUUAUAGAACUAUAUUGGACCAAAAUAAACCUAGUUAUAGAUAAUUGUUUUGGUCCAAUCGAAAAAGAGCCGAGAAUUACUAGAAAACAUGCCUGAACCUGAAAAUUUCAGUUAAAAAUCGAAUUUUGGCUUAAAUUUUCGAGUUCUCGCGCAGGGGAACCUAUCGUCAAUUUUCAAAUAAUAUUUUUUUCCAGGUAAACACGCUGUUUCAAUUGUCAUUAGUCGCAUUGUCGUUGGCGUCGCCGGUUUUCGAUUUUUCACCAAUUGCCAAUGACGCCAUUUUCGGGUUGGGGUAGGUUUUUUGUUUUUUGAAAAAAAAUCGCUUCAAAAUUUUAAAGUUUUGGUGCUAAAAGUUCAGAAAAUACGAUUUUUUUCAUGUAAAACUUUAAAAAAAAUUAGAAAAUUGUGAUUUUUUUCGCGCCAAAAAAAUCUACAGUACUCCUCUUCCCUCCCGCUCUCUAAAUUUUCUCUUCUAUUUUCAGCUGUCUCACCGCCUUCACAACAAUUUAUUCAGGCCUACAGUAUGCCAGUGGAAAAGCCUUUAAGAAGAUUUCGAAAUAA